CAUAAUCCCAAAUUCCUCGUAAUUACAUAAGGAAGGAUUCAUAUUCACCAACUCAAAAGAUAAGGUUGACUCACUGGAGGAGCAAAAAUUAAUAGAUUAACCUUCAUUAGCUUUUCAUGCUCAAAACAUCUUGCGUCAACUUCCCAUCGCACUUGAUUAUUACCAAUAGCAGAGUACAGUAGCUGCUAUGACUUUCAGAUACAGAUAAUGGAGCAUCAGUACGGUUUGAGGACUUUGCUGCAUGAAAAAUUACAGGGUGAAGUUUUCUCCGUAUGUUCACAUGGCCAACCGAAGGACCACGGCAACAAUCCCCGGCCUCAUGUAUUGGUCAUUGACAAGGCAAGCCUGGGUGUUGUUUCGAGAUUAUUCAGAAUGAGUCAACUGGUCAGCCUCGGCAUCAUCAUCGUUGAAGAUCUUGAAAAGCGCAGGGAACCACUACGCCAAUUGGACGCGUUGUAUCUUGUGGAACCAACCGUGAAAAAUUGUGACACGAUCAUUCAGGACUACGAGGACAGAAACCAAACGCCACUCUACGCUUGCUUUGACGACGAAUUGUUGAACAAACUUGCAGCAGCAAAUGUUGGGAAAUUUGUGAAAACCUUGAAGGAACUGAACAUUUCAUUCGAUCCAGUUGACCAAGCAGCUGCGAGUCUGGAGAUACCAAGAACACUAGAAGCGUAUCACGUCGCACAACUGGCUACCAACAGAGUGUCCUUCCUUCAAACCAUCGCGAACAAAGUCGGAGACGUAUGCGCGGUUGUUCACGAUUAUCCGAAGACCAUCCGAUACCGCAAAGCCUUUCCUAGAAACGCUGAGCUCGCCAAACUCAUUCAGAGGAAGAUGGAGGAACUCAGACUCGACGAUCCACCACCCGGCAAGUAUCAUUACGGGAAAAAUUCCGUGGUGUUGAUCCUGGACAGGGGAUACGACUGCAUAUCUCCCUUCAUUCAUGACCUCAACUAUGAAGCCAUGGCGAAGGACCUGUUUGACAUUCAUGAUCAUUACAAGUACAAAACCUCAACGGGAUCGGAGAAAGAAGUCAUUCUGGACGAAAAUGACGACCUGUGGAUGUUGGAAAGGCACAAACACAUCGCUGCCGUAAGCAGGGAAUUGGCAGAACAUGCCAAGCGAUUUAAAGAAAUGCGCAAAUUCAAGAGGGGCUCAACAGGAGAACAAGACACUCCGCAAGCUUACGGGGAAUCCAGCGGAGCCGUCUCAUCUUCCACCAGAGAGUUGUGGAGAUUGAUCCGCGAGAUGCCGCAGCUGCACAAAGAACUCGGUCACUUGGCCAUUCACAUGAACUUGGCCGAACAAUGCUUGACCGUUUACAAGGCUCGGGAACUAGAAAGCACUUGUUUACUAGAACAGGCCUUGGCGACUGGCCUCGAACCAGACGGCACCAAGGUCAAGAACGCACUCGACCGACUGAUACCUUUCUUGGUGAACACCAAGUCACUCAGCGAAGCGGACAAGACACGACUGGCAGCGCUGUACGUAGUCACACACGCGAACUCACUCACUCCCGAGAAUCUACACAAGGUUUUGAACAUCGGAAAUCUUCCCGCACUGAAAAGGGCUGCUAUUUUCAAUCUCGAACACUUCGGUGUUCCAGUCACGAAUAAAUCAAAGAGUUACCCACCCGAGGAGAAAAAGUCGAAGAAGGGUGUGACGUUUGAUGCCACAGCGUUCGGAAGCUACGACACUGCGAGAUGGGUACCAAAACUGAGAUACAUCUUGGAGGAUCUCAUGACGGAUAAGCUGGAUUUGAAUGAUUUCCCCUUCGCCACGGAAAGUUCCCAGCGAAUAGUCAGUCCGACUACGGAAAGCAGUAGCGCCGUGGAGAAGGCAGCCACGAAAUUAAAGGGAGGCUUCCAAUGGGUCCGGAAAGCAGCAGUACGAUCUGAUCAAAAAGCUGAGCCGCAGGGAUCUAAGGACGAUAAAUCAUUCGAACGUACUCUUCUGGUAGGAAGUGCGCGAUUUCGCGGUGAAAAUAAUCCCAGACGAAUCCAGAACUUCCAGUCAGCUGAUCCACCCAGGGUCGUCAUUGUAAUUCUUGGACCAGUGACUCACUCGGAAAUCCGAUCGGCAUACUUGGCUUGCUCAUCCAACAUUCCGUGGCACACAACCAUUGUUUGCUCAGAAGUUGUGAAUCCAGAAGGCAUGGUUGAUCGCAUCAGUCAGAUGAACACCAAAUGAGAAUUUGACGAUGGACCCGCAUUAAUCCCUCGCUUAAUUUAUAGCUUUUAUGUCCGAUUACAUGUUGCUAAUUUCAACAUGAGCUCUUGAGUGAGUAAGUGAAUAAUGAAGAUCCUUUCAAGCACUCGAAGAGGACGAAUCAUCGUCACCAGAAUCGACCUUUCGCCUAGCCACUUUCUCCUUGUUGGACAACUGAUCACGAGACCCUUUCCGCCUGGCAUUCAAUUGUUGACCGGAAGUGCUGCCCAUGGGUCUUUUACUGCUUCCUCUACUACUGGAUCCAGGAAUAGGCCCGAAUAUUUCUCGAUCUAUUUCACUCUUCCUGCGUUCAUACUCGGCCAAGAACUUUCGAACAUCAGGAUGCCUUCGGACUCUCAGCUUAGCACUUUCUUCCAGCUUGGCCAUUCUGGAAUAAAAAAUCCUACACCAAACUACGUAAAAUAGCGAAGUUGGACCUCCACUCACUGCUCCAUACUCCUCUUGAUAAAAGGCCAUGUUUCCUGAGAGAAAACGACGAAACGCGAUUGAGUUUCGGAUAACACUUUUAAUCGGGAUAUGCGAAAAC